AUGGCUCAACAAAGUGGUGUCCCCGAGUUCAAAUUGCUCCUGGUUGGUGAUGGAGGUGUCGGAAAGACUACUCUGGUGAAACGGCAUCUUACGGGAGAGUUCGAAAAGAAGUAUAUCCCAACACUCGGAGUUGAGGUUCAUCCUCUGAAGUUCAUGACUAACUGUGGUGAGAUAAUCUUCAACGUGUGGGACACUGCUGGUCAGGAGAAGUUUGGUGGUCUUCGUGAUGGCUACUAUAUUCAAGGUCAAUGUGCGAUUAUUAUGUUCGACGUUACAUCUCGUAUUACGUACAAGAACGUCCCUAACUGGCACAGAGAUAUUGUUAGAGUGUGCGAAAACAUCCCGAUCGUCCUCGUUGGUAACAAGGUUGACGUUAAGGACAGACAGGUAAAGGCACGCAACAUUCAGUUCCAUCGUAAGCGCAAUCUUCAAUACUACGAUCUCUCUGCGCGGUCCAACUACAAUUUCGAGAAACCUUUCCUCUGGCUCGCUAGGAGGCUAACCAACCAGCCUCAACUUGUUUUCCAGGGUGAGUUCGCCAAGGCUCCCGAGUUCCAGAUCAAUCCCGAACUUGUGGCCCAGCACGAGAGAGAGCUCCAGGCUGCUCAGGAUCAGGCAAUCGAUGACGAUGAUGACGACUUGUAAACCUUUUAUACAUCACACACUUUGCCCCCUCGGCUUAAUACCGACAAUUGCAGUAGAAAGAGCUUCAUCUUGUUGGAGGCAUCAUAACAGUAUCAUUCUCUAUG